CUGAGGAAGAGGCGAUUCUGCAGGAUGAUCCCGGCGCCCGGCAGGCGCUUCUGCGGGGAGCACGGGCACGAGGAGGAACAAAAUGACAGAAAAAGAAUUCCGUGCCCUCUUGAUCCAAAACACACUGUAUAUGAAGACCAACUACAAAAGCAUUUAAAAAAAUGUAACUCAAGAGAGAAGCCAAAGCCCGUCUACUUUGUUCAAGAUAUUAAUGCUGGUUUAAAAGAUGUAGCAGAAAUAUCAGAAAAACAAGUUCCUCUAUCUUCUCUAUCUAUUGAAGAGCUGCAGAACUUAAUUAUCAAGUUGAAAAAAGCAAGUAAAGGCCUGGAACUUCAUCUCAAGGAACAAAUACUGUCCCACCAGGCUUUACAAGAAGCCUUAAAUGAUCCAAAGAAUGGGGAAUCUGCUUUCAAACACCUGAAACAACAGGCUUCUAUUUUAGGUAACAUGGAAAAAUUGCAUUUACUUGGUCCAGGAAGGUGUUUUGUUGAGUUUGGAGCUGGACGAGGAAAGCUGUCUCAUUGGGUUGAUAUUGCCUUAGAGAAUGUUGAAAGUGUUCAGUUUUUGCUUGUGGAAAGGGCAACCACAAGAUUCAAGGUGGAUGGAAAACACAAAAGGAGAGAUUCUAUGUUUGAGAGGCUUCAAGUAGACAUUCAGCACUUAUGUUUAAAUAAGGUACCUGUUUUGGAGAAGAAAAGACUACCAGUGGUAGGAAUUGGCAAACAUUUGUGUGGAGCUGCAACAGAUCUUGCUUUAAGAUGCUUGGUUGAAAGCUACACCAUUUGCUGUGAUGGAGAAGAUAAAGAGCCUGCACCAAAACGCUGCAGGGCUGCUCAGACAGAGGUGGCUCCUCACAAGUCUGUUGGUAAUGAAAGCACCACAGAAGACCAUAAGCCUGUAGCUGGAAUUGUUAUUGCUCUGUGUUGCCAUCACAAGUGUGACUGGACACAUUAUGUAGGCAGAGAGUUCUUUAAAUCAGUAGGACUGGGACCAGUAGAAUUCCAUUAUUUUCAGAGAAUGAGUAGUUGGGCCACUUGUGGCAUGCGAGAAACCACAAGCAAAGCUUCUACAAGUGAAGACAGUGAAGAUCAAACUAAUGACACAGAGGAACAUGAGCAAGCACUCAGCAGGACAGAGAGUGGUUCUGAUACUUUACAAGGGAUACUGAGUGUUGAGGAGCGAAAGGAGAUCGGUUGGCUCUGCAAGCGGCUGAUUGAUCACGGACGGGUUGAGUAUUUACAACAACAGGGAUACAAGGCUGCACUGCAGUAUUACACAGAGUCUGCUGUGUCCUUGGAGAAUGUCCUGUUGACAGCUGUCCCAAAUCCUUCUUUGAUACCAGAGCCAAAUACCUGACAGAAGAUUUGGAAUUGGUAGGAAAAAAAAAAAAACCUAGAAACUACAUCUGGGUUGUUUUUUUAAAAACUAAUUAAUUUCUUACCAAAAAAUCCCCCCCUUUUAUUAUGUUUCCUGUACCCAAGAAAAGGUCUUAUUUUUUCCAGUUUGACUGGGAAUUACAAAUAUGCAAAUCAGUUCUCAUGAGUGCAAACAUAAAAUCCCUAAGAAUA